UCUCAUUUUCACCUACACUGUACAGUCGCUUCUCGGACAGGCCAGGAUGAGCAUGUCGCACAACAUCGACACGCCGGACGUCGAAUACGACGGCGAAGAACUGAAGUCGGCUCGAAUCGAGACUCUAGCACGUCUCGUUGUAUCAGAAUUUGAGGAAGGGGCGGGUCCGCCGCGGCUUGCGCCGAUGCUGUUUGUCACCCACAAGUGGUAUGUUGACUCGACUCGACUGGCCGACAUCUUCAUUGACCUGUAUGCGAAAUUGGACGCAAAUGGCGAGGAAAAACAGAGACGUCCAGCUGUCGCGGCAAUCGCGUUUUGGGCUCGUGAGUAUCCGCGGCAUUUUGAGAACAACGAGAAGCUUGUUGGAUUGUUGUGCGACUUUGUCGCUCGUGUGAAGAGGGAAGGCGGCGCGGCGGCCGCUGAGAUGAUGAAGCCGUUCUUGGACGUCUUGCUGAGCAGUGGGAAAGAGAGAAGACAUCACGUCUUCUUGACUGUCCAGUCCUGUCCUUCUGAUGUGAAUCCGGAACGGCGUGUUUCGUACUCAUUUAAUUCGGUUUCUGCCAAGUCGAUUGCUGAGCAUCUUACCAGCUUGGACCAUGAGGCUUUCAGCCAGAUUCCAUUUGAAGAAUGGGCUAGUUAUGGUCGAAGUGGAAAACCGUUUGAUUGCCCGAAGAUUCAGGAGGCCGUUGUGUUGUUCAACGGCAUUUCGUGUUGGGUGCAGUCGAAGGUGCUCAGUGAGUUAACGCCAGCUUUGAGAGCGAAAGCAAUUGUGAAAUAUAUCGACGUUGCACAGCAUCUUCUAUCGUUGCAUAACUACAAUGGACUAAUUGCCAUUGUUGGUGGGCUUAACAGCAGCCCCAUCUCUAGACUACGGCAUACGUUUGAAGCUCUCUCUUCGAAAGCUCAAUCUGCACUGAAUGAUCUAACCGCCGCCGUAUCGUCAGACAGCAACUACAGCAGCUACAGAAAGGGACUUGAAGCGGCCACUUCACAAGGUGGUUUCGUCAUGCCAGUAAUAGGUGUUUGUCUGAAGGAUCUUAUUAGUGUGCAUGUGGCUUUGAAGGACGAAACGGCAGAUGGUCUGAUAAACAUGAGGAAACUGACACAACUGUAUCAGAUAUUUUCUGGUGAAAUUGAGCAAUUUCAGGAGAUGAAGCCGCCGAGCUCGUCCAACAAGGAGCUACUUGACAUUCUUCGGAUUUCCAUUCAACCUCGGUUUACACCAGACGAAUUGUACGAAGUCUCACUCACAAGGGAAGCUCGAAAUCGGAGUGUGUCAGAAGACUCUGACGGAGUGUUGCUAUCUCCCGCUCGGAGUCCAUUGUUUGGUGACUGGACAGCUGGCAUUGACGUCAACGUGACCGAGGAAACACUGAAGAAAUACAUAAACGCAAUGGUGAAGGCUGUUUUUCGUAACUACGAUUCUGAUAAGAACGGGUAUAUUUCUAUGGAGGAGUUUGAUGACUUUUCAUCGAAUUUUCCGUUUUUGGAUUCGUUUGCUGUGCUGGACACAAACAGUGACGGACGUAUCAGCCCAGAGGAGCUCUUCGACUACUUCUUCCAGGCCAACCUUCCCAUGAUGCGUCGCUCGUUCAAUCACUUCUUCACAGAGACGACAUACUUCUCCCCGACGUUUUGCUACCACUGCAAAGGACUGCUGUGGGGUCUCAUCAAACAAGGAUACAAAUGUAAAAACUGUGGUGUCAACUGCCAUCGUCACUGUAGAGAUGUGGUUGUCGCCGAGUGCCGAAGAGAAUCAGUUCUGAAUUCUACGCCUACGCUCAAACGGAAGAUCGUGGCUCGGAAAAAGUCGACGUCGUCGAAUAAUUCGAAGAAGCAGAUGAGAAAUUCGGUGUCGAAUGGCGACUGCAAUGGGAAGCAACAAUACAACAAACUUGAAGAUGCACACAGUGUCGUCGUAGCCGAGAACUCCCGUCUCAAAUCCCAACUGAAAGACUCACAAAACGCUCUCGCGGAGGCUCAACAUCAGAUAGAAAGCCUGAAGCAAGAAAUGGCGACAAUCCGUCAAGGAACAAUCGACUACGUUUUGAAUCACAUGGCACAGUUUUCGAAGACAAAGUCGACUGAAGUGUAGUGAGGAAAUUAUUAUACAUACAAAUGUAAGUACACAGGAUUGAGUAGAUUAGGGGUCUUCUGUUGUUUCAAUAGAGGCAACAUUGCACUGAUAGACUUGAUACAUUUUGAUUAGAACGUUUCUGGUUUAUCGAUUCGCUAUCAGUUUUAUUUGAUUUCAAUUUUAUGUCAUUGAGGGUUUAAUAUCAGGUGUAAUUAUUGUCAAGUGAUGGAAA